AUGUUCAGUGUCAAACUGCUAAGUAUGAGCUUAGCUCCAGUAUCCACGCAGUUCAUACGAACAGCAGCCCAAAUCACUUCCAUCCACGCCAUCACAUCAUUGAAAACCGCACCACCGUCAAAAAACCAUUCUGUAGAAGAAGGCAACAAACGUAAACAAUUACUAGAAAGACCAGGGUUAUUCGGUAUCAAACAAGGAAUGAUCACAUGGUUCACAUCCAAAGGCGAGCAAAUACCAGCCACUGUCUUGGAAAUAGAUUCCGUCGAAGUCAUUGGCCAUAAAACAAGAGAUGAAUUUGGUUACGACGCAAACAUCAUAGGUACCAUUGACAAAUUGAAAAACUAUCCUAGAUUACACGAGUUGGAGAUGUUUAAUAAAGCAGGCACAUCGCCCAAGCACAAGUUUGGUGAGUUUAGAGUACGUGAUUCUGCCAAUUUGAUCCCAUUGGGAACUGAACUCAAAGCCGACUACUUUGCCGUGGGACAAUUGGUUGAUGUGAAAGGUGUGACUAAAGGUAAGGGUUUUGCUGGUGUUAUGAAACGUUGGAAUUUCAAAGGUGGUAGAGCAACCCACGGUGUUUCAAAAGCGCAUAGAACUCCAGGUGCAAUGGGAGGUAAUCAAAAUCCUGGUAGAGUCUUGCCUGGGAAAAAAAUGCCUGGUAGGAUGGGGUGCUCAAACAUGACUGAUUUCAAUAAGGAGGUUUUGCAUGUGGAUGGCGAUGCCGGAGUCUUGAUUUUGAAAGGAUGUAUUCCAGGUCCAAAUAAGGGGAUUGUGAGGAUCUCUGAUGCUAUCAAGUUGUACGGUAAAUCCUUGAAUCAGCUCGCAAGAGAAUGA